AUUUCCUCUGUGCAAAUGAGAAAAACUGACUGGCUGGCUGUCUUUAGUGCAGUCUGUCCCUUGGGAAGGACCUGGACACCAGUGUGUGUUUACCUGCGGUGCACGUUCAGGUUCCCGAGCACGAACAUCAAGAUAACGUUCACAGCCCUGUCCAGUGAGAAGAGGGAGAAGCCAGAGGCCCCCGAGUCCCCGGUGAAGCCCGUGCAGCCACACAUCUCCCCCCUCACCAUCAGCAUUCCAGACACCAUGGCCCACCUUAUCAGCCCCCUGCCGUCCCCCACAGGCACCAUCAGUGCUGCAAACUCCUGCCCAUCCAGCCCCCGGGGAGCGGGGUCUUCAGGGUACAAAAUAGGCCGUGUGAUGCCAUCUGACCUCAGUUUAAUGGCUGACAACUCACAGCCGGAAAAUGAAAAAGAAGCUUCUGGUGGAGACAGCCCAAAGGAUGAUUCAAAGCCACCUUAUUCCUAUGCACAGUUGAUAGUACAAGCAAUUACAAUGGCUCCUGAUAAACAGCUCACCCUAAAUGGGAUCUAUACACACAUCACUAAAAACUACCCAUACUAUCGGACUGCAGACAAGGGCUGGCAGAAUUCAAUUCGCCACAAUCUCUCUCUGAAUCGUUAUUUCAUCAAAGUACCGCGUUCCCAGGAAGAACCAGGCAAAGGCUCCUUCUGGAGGAUAGACCCUGCCUCUGAGAGCAAAUUGAUAGAGCAGGCUUUUAGGAAAAGACGGCCUAGGGGCGUGCCUUGCUUUAGAACCCCUCUGGGACCGCUCUCUUCUAGCCAAGGGGACCGGGAAGGCUCCCCGGCCCCCCUGGAGCCCGAGCCCAGCGCCUCCCAGCCCAAGCUCGCCGUCAUCCAGGAGGCGCGGUUUGCCCAGAGCGCGCCAGGGUCACCUCUGUCCAGUCAGCCCGUCCUCAUCACUGUGCAGCGGCAGCUACCCCCGGCCGUGAAGCCCGUCACCUAUGCCGUGGCCACCUCCGCCUCCCAGCCACCUGUCGUGCAGACAGUCCACGUUGUCCACCAGAUACCAGCCGUGUCGGUCACCAGUGUGGCUGGACUGGCCCCAGCAAACACGUACACAGUUGCUGGACAGGCUGUGGUCACUCAGGCAGCCGUGCUGGCCCCUCCUAAGACAGAGCCACAUGAGAAUGGAGACCACAGAGAGGUCAAAGUGAAAGUAGAACCCGUUCCUGCGAUUAGCCACGCCACACUGGGCACUGCCAGCCGGGUGAUCCAGACGUCACAGGCCACCCCUGUCCAGACGGUCACCAUAGUACAACAGGCACCUCUGGGCCAACACCAGCUUCCAAUCAAAACCGUCACACAGAAUGGGACUCACGUGGUGCCGGUCCCUGCGGCAGUGCACGGCCAGGUGAACAAUGCAGCAAGCCCUCUGCACAUGCUGGCCACCCACGCGUCGGCCUCGGCUUCCCUGCCCACGAAGCGGCAGAAUGGUGACCAGGCUGAGCAGCCAGAGCUGAAGCGGAUCAAGACAGAAGAUGGCGAGAGCCUUGUCCUCGCCCUGAGUGUGGAUGCGCCCCCGGCGGCCGUGGGGGAAUAGCAGGUGCAGAGCCAGUGGCCAGGGGGCUUUGCUCACGACAUCAGCCUGUGGUGCCAAAGGAGACGUCGUCGCCUCUUGCCAACGCGGACGGCUCGUCAGUGGGCGAAGGCCCUGCAGUGGGAUUGCACGUCGCAGGCUGUGCCAGCUGUCCAAGUGGCUCCUCAGUGUCUUUCCCAAGCGGUCCCUGCCCUCCACGAACUUCGACGAAGCUCCUCUGGGACUCGGAACUUCAGCGUGCUGGGAGAUGGUCACUGGUUUCACUGCUGCAGUGACCCUGGACGGAGCCACAGGUGGAUGAGAGGCACUGUGGGUGACAAUGGCCACAGGGACACGGGCAAGGCCUGCAGCCCCCUCCACCCCUCUGGCAGUGUAGGCGAAAGUAGCCACAACUCCCAGGCUCUGGACAACCUGGACAACCAGCUUGUGGCUGCUGCCCUGUGCACGGACACAGACCUGGGCGACAGAAGGCCGUCCUCGCAGUGCAGUGGAGAUGGGGCCCUGCUCCUGGGAUACCACAGGGAACAGAAGGACCAGGGGGACCCACUGGUGCCAUCGGUGCAGUGGGGCCAGGUCUCCACGAUCAUGGCUGGGCCAGUGGAGCAAGCCGUGGACCCGCAUCUCUGA